CAGUUCACCAACUUCCAGCUCACGGGCGCCAGCGGCAUCUUCACCGGCUUCUCCACAGAGUUCGUCGGCCGCGCCUGGGACCUCAAGCAGAAUGACGCGGCCAAGCUCGUCUCCAGCCAGCCAGCCUCCGGCAUCGUCAAGCUCUCAGCCGGGCAGAAGCUCCCCGAGCCUGUCGCAGAGGACCGCAAGGACAUGGCGCUCAACUGCCUGGAGGCCAAGCUCGACGUGGACAUCCCCAAGGGCGGCCGUGUGGUGGUGCUCAACACGGCCAACCUGCCGCUUGUUAAGGAGGUCGGGCUGGGGGCUGACCUGGUCAGGAUCGACGCCCACUCCAUGUGCUCCCCUGGAUUCUCGUGCGAUUCGGCGUACCAGGUCACGUAUAUCGUCCGUGGCAGCGGGCGCGUGCAGGUCGUCGGCCCGGACGGCAAGCGUGUGCUGGAGACCCGCAUCGAGGGCGGCAGCCUCUUCAUCGUGCCCCGCUUCCACGUUGUGUCCAAGAUCGCUGAUGCCUCUGGCAUGGAGUGGUUCUCCAUCAUCACCACCCCCAACCCGAUCUUCAGCCACCUGGCGGGGAAGACAUCGGUGUGGAAGGCCAUCUCGCCGGAGGUGCUGGAGGCGUCAUUCAACACGACGCCGGAGAUGGAGAAGCUCUUCCGGUCCAAGAGGCUCGACUCCGAGAUCUUCUUCGCCCCCAACUAGGGCCAUUCAUUGCACAUCGGCCGGUCGCCUUAGGCAGAAAUCAAUAAAUUUAGUUAGGCUUUGAGCGUGAGUAUGUCAGUUAGCUCUGCAAAAUCUAUCUUAGUUGCCCCUGACAGAUCAGAAUGUUUCUGUCACUUCGUCAUAGGUUAAAUCAAGUGUGAGUGUUUGUUGCCGGCCUGAGCUAUUAUCAGAACUGAUGAAUGCAAUCGAUCGUUAAAUUCGGGAGAAAUUGUUUGCCUCCUGUGUUA